AUGACUCUGAAACCCAAGAAAGGGGACUUGAGAAGUUCAAAUCCAGAGCAUUUUCUGGAAGAGAAUGGGUCUCAGAGCCCUUUAGAAGCUUGCACCUUUAACACUUUUAUUGGAAAUCAGCAGAACAAGCCUCUAAGCACUUGUGAAACAAUAAGCCCAUGUCGGNAACGUAAAGCGAAACAGAUUAAGUCGGCGGAAAGAGAAAUUCAAGAAGAUGAAGGCGAAAUUCAAGAGAAGUGCGCAGUCAAGUCAAACGAAAGUCAAGGUGGAAGAGUUUUGAGAAGCAGGGCGAAAGAAUGUCAUUCUGGAGUUAAACUCGACACCAAGAAGGGAGAGAAAAGAAAAGCACUUGGCACUAAAACCAGACAAAAGAGACAGGAUUCCGUGGUCGAGACUGCGGUGACGGAAAAAUGUAAACCCGAUGGCUGGGAUUUAAAAGGUCGUGAACCUACCAUGUUGGACAAAUCAACACCGGAGACUGAUCAGUUACUGCGUGAAAGCGACAUGUCAUCGCGUGAAAUCGAUAGCCUUGUUGACCAGCCACGCCCAUCACGAGAGGUCACGACACUCACACCAGCCAGUGACGAAACAUCUCAGCAACCGGAACCGGAAGUGCUGGGAAGGUUGAAUGAGGGUAAUACAUCCCCUCAGGGCGAACGACCCAGAGAUUAUACGUCGGACCAAGGGAGACUGGCUUUAAAUGUUAAUCGGAUCAGCACCUUGGAAGAAACGAUCUUUGAUAAUUGUUUACAUAAAGAUUUAGAGGAGGAAAAAUCCGCAUGCCAAAAUGGACUCCACCCGAACGAAAAAGACGACAACACAGACAUUGCACCCUCUGGACAGCUGUUUCAAGAUGUUGAUGAUGUCAGCGCGUCGAAGAAACAAGGCUCAGACACCAUUGAAGCGGAUAAUAACACGCAUUUAACAAGACAGACGGCCAAAUCCACGUCUCGGGAUACGGGUCGAUCGAGAAGAGACGGGAAGGAUCCCGCUGGAGUGUCCGUCCUAGCAGCGGCGUCCUCGAAGGAAAACGCACCUGAUGGAAAGCUGAAAAGCAGAAAGAAAAGAAAACCUACUUCGAGUGUGCGCGAGGUGUUAGCUCCAGCUGACCAGCAGUCCAACUCAGAUUGCAGGACAAGCAGCACUGAAAUCUCCUCCAUGUUAGACUGUACCAAAAGACGCAAGACCUUAUUCAACUCGCGGGAAAAUUCCUUAAUGGUUCCUAUCUCGAAUACCCAGAUAUCCUUUGCAAACACGACCCUUUCCAAAAGUAGGGCCAACGCUGGUAUCCCGCCAACCUUAUCGGCCUUCAUGAAGAGUUUCAUCGCUCCGAAGCUCAAGAAAUCACUUUAACAGUUUGGGCGUGGCUUCCUGUUCAAGUUAUAAGUAGCUUUUUCUCUUGUACCUCUUACUUUUAGAGCUUUUUAGAUUUAAAACAACUUCGAAUCAUAGUUAAUAGAGGGAAUGGUUAAGAAACUCGGUAAACAUCAAAGAAGCAAAUCAAAGAGGCUAAGAUUUAUGUUGGAAGGUCUCUGACUGACCCUGCAUGUCUUGUUUUGUGCUGAUUGACUGUGCAUGAAUUACAUAAUUGCAACGCUCCUAUUGGUUAGUUGUAUGACCACACGUAAUCACCUUUUGUGUUUUGCCAGGUUUUGUGUAGGGUCAACCUCCAAAAUAGCUAACAAAAACAUACAACAGAGAACUUUGCCAGGUUUCAUAACCAUUCCCUCUAUUAACCAUGUUCGAAUGUUGAAUAGAAAUUUUCAAUGACUAGGGUAGAUUCACUGUGUUAGAAUAGUUUAACAGAACGCUGAAUACAUGGGAAAAUGUAGCUCUUAGAUCGUUUCCACGAAUCUAUUGAUAACAAUUUCCCAAGGAAGAAAAGACAGUAACGACACCGGCUUGAACCAUAUACACUUUACGUUUUCUUUUACAGAAUGAGGGCUCUUCAUACGAUUAAAGGUAUUGCAUUACUACAUUAGCAAAACACUAUAUUUCUAGCACAGAAACUUGUAAUAGAAACCCGGGGGGACUCACAUAUAAAAGGAUGGUGGUACUCGUAGGUAAUUUUGAAAAAAAAAAAACACUAAGAGACGCCAAGAUCCUGUUUUGUGGGCGUGGCUUGCAAUGUUUUUCACCCCCCAAGAGGUACCAAUUCUAAAACAACACAUUAUCUCUUGUCCUAUUUUUUUUCGGCUCAGUAUCCUAAAACGUGCCGCAAAAGCUCCUGUUGUGGACCUUCUGAGGCUGAUCACCCUGAGAGAUACCAAAAGCCCCGUCUUUUUGAUAUGGGAGUCUCCCCCGAGUGGAAACCUUUUAGUUCCCCUCGACGUAUAGAAAACAUUCUACUGAAUUUUAUUUGGAGGAGAGAAUUUGGUCAAAUAUGUUCAAAAAUCGUCUUUGUUCCUAUAAACAUAACGGAGAGUUUAGCUUUGAGUGGAAUAUUUCAUUGAAUUAUUUAAGUUUAAAGUUUGUGGCUUGUAAUUAAUGCAGCGAUACUACAUAUACUGAAAUGCUGCAAAAGGGCGUGUCGUUGGUGCAGAAUUAACCUUUGAAAAGACAGAAUUUCGCGUAAAGCUCGUAAUUUCCCUGUGUCGUGAAAAAUUUCCAGGCUUUCAAAUCUCGAAGCGAUUUGCAACAGUUUGGUUAAUUCAAAGCAAUAUUUCCCUUCCGUCGGUUGAGAUUAAAUCUAUGAUAGCGAUUCAACUUUGUGGCUCCACAAACAUCCGCUUUGUAUAUUGCCUGGCAGCGUCUAUUCGCUAUUUGUUUGAAUGGCUUAGAAGUACUCAGUUUUAAGGAAGCGAAGAUUAUUUUAAACAUUCGCCUGAAGUUCACAUUUGUUACUCUUCCAAACAUUUUAGCAGUUCCCAGUAAAUUCUCUGGACAAAUAUUUGUUUCAAACAAUAUAUUGCAAUUCAUAUCUUACGGUUAUGUGAUAUGUCAAUAUUUUAUUUUUUUGCUACCUCAAGUGGAGACUAUAGAUAGUAACUAAGAGUUAUAUUUAACCGUUGCAUGUGUGUUGUGUUUACAUUAUUCUAAGUGAAUAACGCCUUUCAAGCCAAAAAGCCUGUAUGUAAAUAACUUUGUGGUAAAUUCAGUUGCCAGCAUUUGAAAACGUUAAAUUGCCUCAUAACUGUAAUUUUCUCCAAAGUGCCAGUAUAUUUAUCCGUUGCAUGUUUCUAAUGUAAGCUACAAUAUAACAAUUUACAUGAAAACAGUUCCACUCGAGUUUGUCAUGAAUAUCCAACACACAAUAUAGUUAAUGCCUUUCUUCUUUACCUUUUAAAGAGUAUGAAAUUUGGUUUAAACUCGCUGAAUAUAUUUAUCGCGUGUUUUUAUGAGCAGCUCGCUCGCCUGCCUAGUGUUAAGCGAGAGAUUUAAAACGGAGCAAAAAAAAUAGCCAAGUCCUGCUGUGCUAAGAAAAAACAUCACCUCUUUGCGUGAUUUUGGCCAUUAAUUGUUUCACAGGGGGACCUGAGACAAAAUAAACGCCCUGGAUACAGCUGUUGGAACGUGCAGCGGAUAAAAAGUGUAAUUACAAUCUAUUAACAAAACUGUAUUGUGCCCGCCCUCUGUUUCAAACCAGUUAUAUUUUGGUAAAUACAAUCUUUUGAAAAGCACUUUUAAAAUAGUGCAGUUUUUGCGUCAGUGACAUAGUUAAACUAAAGUGCUUUUGAACCCAGGAAUUUUUCCUUUGGCAAGUCGCGACCUGGAAGACGAAGUUUAAACUUAUCACUUCUUCAGCCAGAGAUUAUAGAAGAGGUCCCCCGCUGCUAACGCCAUUUUCUCCAGUGGGUAAAAUCUAUUCGCUCCCCGGGGAAAACGGUAAUUUAUGCAUCAUAUGAUAGCCCAGCCAUUAUGUCAAUGAGAAUUAGCACAUACAUUAAAAGUCUGUCACUUGCAGAGUGUUUUAGAAAAAAAGCCAUUUGGAAGUUUCAGAAAUGCAUUUAAAAAAGGUAUUAUCAGACA